AUGUCAUUUGUGAGCACCUUACGCCAGUGGGAUGAGGCUGUAGCCUUUGCGGAUCAGGGUGACAGAGCCUCUGCCCUUAAAGUGUUGCUGAGCAUUGAAGAGAAGACCUCCAAAAUUGCUUACAACAUUGGCUCCCUACAUCUGAUGAACAAUGAUUUGGACUCUGCUGAAAAGGCUUUUGACAACAGCAUUGGCAAAGAUGAACACUUAGCAGUUGCCUUCUUUCAAAGGGGAAUUGUAUUCUACAAAAAAGAAAAGUUUGAAGAAUCCUUGAUGGAUUUCGAGAAUGCUUUCAAGGAGCUUCGAGGAAAUCAUCUGAUAGACUAUAAGCCUCUGGGUCUUAGGUAUAAACUGUAUGCAUGUGAGGUGCUUCACAACAUAGGCCUGGUGCACGCUCAGCUGAAACAGUGGGAAGAAGCCCAGGAAAAGCUCCUGACCGCGCUGACAUUAAAGUCCGAAGCCAAAUUCAGCCAUAUUGACCACGCCCUAGAGGCCAUUCUGAAACAGAAGCUGUUUGCCUUGGUGGAGCUCCGGGCAGGGCUGCUCUUUAAACCCAACAAGAAAUACGUGGCUGAACUGGAGAAAAAGGACUACCUGGGAAAAGCCAAGGUUGUGGCCUCUGUUGUUCCUGAAGAUGAAUUCUCUGGUUUUGCUCCCCUGCAGCCUCAAAUUGAAGAUGUUCCUUCUACGCCAAAAGCGCCUGAAGUUUUGAGGGUUCUUGAGGGUGUACCUCACACUGUUCUCUAUGAGUUUGAGCCUAAAACCAGCGAUGAGUUGGCCGUGUUGCCUGGCAACAUUGUUUUUGUUCUACGUAGGGGGGCUGACAACUGGGCAUCUGUCAUCUUUAACGGUCGGAGAGGACUUGUUCCAUAUAAUUACCUGGAACCUUUAGAUAUUACAGUAGCACCUAAGCAGGAAGAGUUGAGGGUUCAACCAAGUGGAAGUGAUAAAAUUCCAGACCCGCCAAGGAGAGAGGCACCCAACCUACCUGUGAGGAAAGAGGGAUGGUCACCUGCCCAAGACAACAGCGCACCAGAAACUCAGACUGACAAGAAGGGGGAUUUCCAUGGAUGCGUCGUGAAAGUCCACUUCCACUACACCAUAGCGAUCUGUGUUACACCUGGUGUACCAUAUGGCACCAUUGUUCAGAAAAUCAGUAAUAAACUCAAACUACCAGCAACAGCCAUUUCUCUGAGACACGCUAAACCAGGCAGUAACGAGAAGGUGGCUUUUGGAGAGUCGGAAAUGGCGGACGUGUGGAGCAGCGUUCAGAACGGCCGUUUAACGCUGUGGUGUUCAGCCGCUGAGGGGAAAGAAACAGAAGCCCUGUGUGUGAAUAAGGUAAUGGCCCUCUAUGACUAUGAGGCCUCUACCCCUGAAGACCUUGAUUUUCACCAGGGUGACAUCGUCACAGUUCUCUCCAAAGUCAAUGAAGAUUGGCUGGAAGGACAUUGCAAUGGGAAGACUGGAAUAUUCCCAAAAUCUUUUGUCCAAGAGCAAGUCAAAAGCCAAUAAUUCAACCUCAGUCACUUUGUU